GUGGUGGGCUUGGCAAUGAUGGGUUAACGCUUGGACUCGAUGCUCUUAAAGAACAAGCCGUUCACAAUGUCAGUCAAAAAGGAAGGUGCCCACAAGAAGUGGGCUGCCCUGAAGGAGAAACUGGGACCCCAGGAGACCGACCAGUCAGAGGCCAACCUGGAAAACGCAGAGCCAGAGCUGUGCAUCCGUCUCCUGCAAAUGCCCUCAGUGGUGAACUACUCCGGGCUGAAGAAGAGGCUGGAGAACAGCGACCAUGCCUGGAUGGUCCAGUUCCUGGAGCUGUCCGGGCUGGAUCUCCUCCUGGAGGCCCUGGACAGGCUGUCAGGGCGAGGAGUGGCCAGGAUAUCCGAUGCCUUGCUCCAGCUCACCUGCAUUAGCUGUGUGCGAGCGGUCAUGAACUCCCACAAAGGCAUAGAAUACAUUGUGAGCAACGAGGGCUACGUCAGAAAACUCUUCCAAGCACUUGACACAACUAAUGUCAUGGUCAAAAAGCAAAUAUUUGAGCUCCUGGCUGCACUGUGCAUUUACUCAUCAGAUGGCCACUCUUUGGCUCUGGAUGCUUUGGACCAUUACAAGAGUGUGAAGAACCAGCAGUAUCGAUUCAGCAUCAUAAUGAACGAGCUGUCCAACACAGACAAUGUGCCAUACAUGGUGACACUGCUGAGUGCUAUCAAUGCCAUCAUCCUGGGGAAAGAAGAGCUGAGAACAAGGACACAAAUCAGGAACGAGUUCAUAGGGCUUCAGCUGUUGGAUGUUUUAGACAAGCUAAGAGACAUCGAGGAGGAGGAUCUGCUUAUCCAGUGUGACACAUUUGAGGAGUUCAAAAUAGAGGAUGAUGAGGAAUUAUUAAGGAUGUGUGAUGGCAUAAACAUGAAUGAUCAUCAUGAGGUCUUUUCAUCUCUCUUCAACAAAGUGAGCCGCUCUCCAGUCUCUGUCCAGCUGCUGUCCAUCCUGCAGAGCCUGCUGCACUUGGAACCCUCUCAUCAUUCCAACCUCCUGCUCUGGGAGUCCUUGGAUGCCGUAGUGAACAGAGCCCUUUUACUUGCCAAUGACAUCCAAGGGAACACAGUUGAAGAAGUCAUUGAGAGGCUGCUGUCUAUCAAAAAACAUCCAAACAAGCAAAAGCGAGCUGAAAACCGCCUGUCUGGGAGCGCAGCUGGAGGUGUCCAGGCUGAACCAGAGCCAUGUGCACGUGCAGCUCGGUGUCCAGCGGGAUCAUCAAACCCCACCAGGCCACCAGCAACAUCCUCAGGGCCACUGGACAACGAAAAGAAGAUCUCAUCCUGCCAGUUCAUGGCCUGCUGUGCCCUGCCGGAGAAAUCUAACCCUCCCUCCAACACCGCUCCCAACCCAGCACCUCCAGCCCCACCACCUCCACCCUCUGGCACAGCAGCCAUGACCCCCACAUCCCCCAUGACAAAUGCACCUCCACUCCCUGGCAUCCCUCCCCCUCCACCCCCAUUGCCUGGCAUGGGGGGUGUUCCCCCUCCCCCUCCUCCUCCUCCUCCUCCACCAUUGCCUGGCAUGGGGGGCAUUCCUCCACCUCCACCCCCACUGCCUGGCAUGGGUGGUAUCCCUCCUCCUCCACCGUCACUGCCUGGCAUGGGUGGUAUCCCUCCUCCUCCACCUCCAUUGCCUGGCAUGGGUGGUAUCCCUCCUCCACCCCCACUGCCUGGCAUGGGUGGCAUCCCUCCUCCUCCACCUCCAUUGCCUGGCAUGAUUGGUAUCCCACCCCCUCCACCUCCGUUACCUGGCAUGGGUGGCAUCCCUCCCCCUCCACCCCUUCUUCCUGGCAUGACAGGAGAUCACAUAGAAGCUGUGGUGGCUUCCCAGUACAGCUGCCCCCUGGGCUUGGGCAGGCCUCCCCACAAGACAAUGAAGACACCAACGCUGAGAAUGAAGAAGCUGAACUGGCAGAAGCUGCCCUCCAACGUGGUGAGAGAGAGCCACUCAAUGUGGGCUUCUGUGAGCAGCAGCAGCGAGGAAACGAUAGAGCCCAACUACAGCAGCAUUGAGCAGCUGUUCUGCUUCCCACAGCCAACCCCCAAGGAGAAGACAGCAGCACCAGUGAAGGCAGAGCCGAAGGAGAUCACAUUUUUGGACUCCAAGAAAAGUCUCAAUUUGAACAUAUUUUUGAAGCAGUUUAAAUGCUCCAAUGAAGAGGUGACUGCCAUGAUCCAGAAUGGGGACCGGACCAAGUUUGAUGUUGAGGUUCUGAAGCAGUUGCUGAAGCUGCUGCCUGAAAAGCACGAGAUAGAAAACCUGAAGGCCUUCAAAGAAGAGAAAUCAAAGCUAGCAAAUGCAGAUCAGUUCUAUCUUCUCCUUCUUCAGAUUCCCAGCUACCAGCUGCGCAUUGAGUGUAUGCUGAUCUGUGAAGAGACCACCGUUGUGCUCGACAUGAUCCAGCCCAAAGCUGAAGCCAUCCGGAGAGCCUGUGAAGACCUUCUGACUAGUCAUCGCCUGCCGGUCUUUUGUCAACUGAUUCUCAAAGUUGGAAACUUCCUGAACUAUGGAAGUCACACAGGCGAUGCCGAUGGGUUUAAAAUCAGCACUUUACUCAAACUAACAGAAACCAAAGCCAACCAAACCCGCAUUACACUGCUCCACCAUAUUCUAGAGGAAGUAGAAAACAGCCACAAGGACCUACUGGAACUGCCAAAGGAUCUUGAAUAUGUUUCAAAAGCAGCAGGAAUUAAUCUUGAUAUUAUCCGCACGGAGUCCGGUACCAAUUUAAAGAAGUUGCUGGAGCUUCAGCGGAAAGUCUUAUCAUCAAAUGAGGAUGUGAAACAACAGUAUGAGAAACCCAUCCAGGACAGCAUUGAUGCCUCCAGAAAGCUGGAAGAAGAAUUUGAAACCAUUGAAAAGAAGAGAGAAGAACUUGCAAAUUAUCUCUGUGAAGACCCAAGCAAGUUGUCCUUAGAGGACAUAUUUAGCAUCAUGAAGACCUUCAGAGAUCUCUUCAUCCGAGCCCUGAAGGAAAACAAGGACAGAAAGGAGCAAGCUGCCAAAGCAGAGAAGAGGAAAAAACAGCUAGAAGAGGAGGAGGGGAAGAGACAGAAGGGAGAAAAUGGAAAAGUCAUCAAGAAGGGGUUGAUGAAGCAGGAGGAGGUGUGUGUCAUCGACGCCCUGCUCGCCGACAUAAGGAAAGGGUUCACGCUGAGGAAGACGAAGAACAGACACGAGUCAGAGGCAGUUCCUAAACCCUUGUCUGCAGAGAGCCCCGAGGAAAGCCAGUCUGGACAGAGCAUGAAGGAUCCACAAGCAGCAGGGAAGCAGAUUGAUGACAAGACCAAGCAAAGCAAGGAUGAUCAUCCCUCAGAAAGCACUCCUCCCUCAACCACAAUGGAGACAGGUGGAGGUGUUACAAAUGCUUCAGCUUCAGGCCAGGUAUUACCUACAAACAGUGCUGGAGGAAGCCUGCCACUGGAGUCCCAGAGCAAAAGCCCCUCAGUGAGCAUGGUGGAAGCUGAUGGAGCCAGUCAGGCCAUGCUGGGCCCCAGGAUGGAGCAGGCAAACAACGUGGAAAACCUCCAGCCCAGCACAAAGAGCGGCUCCAUUGCGUUCUCUGUGGCUGACAUAGGCACAAGGAUAAGCUUUGUGAGCAGCAGUUCAGCCUCUGCUCUGAGAGACCAGCUCAGCUGGACUAACGGGUCCAUGUCAGGAGGCCAGGACAAGGAAUGCCCAGCUGAUGGCUCAGAGGGUGCUCCCUGCAACGAGGCUCAGCAGGCAGAGUCAAAAGAAAUGACCAAGGAAAACGAAGACCCUGGUACAGACUCGCUGUUGGACACGUCUCAAGACAAGUCCUUCUCAGAGGAGCCGGCCACCGACUCCUCUUGCUCAGCAACACUUCCCCCAGAGCAAACUCACAGCGACAGGGAAAAGCAGAGGCCAUCAGGGAAACGGAAGAAGAAGAAGAGGCACAGCAAAAGUUACUCAGCAGAGGUUGAGACUGAUACUGGACAUAAUAAAACAAAAAAAGAUUGUGUGGCACAAUGAGGUGUCAUGGCAAGGCAGAAGGUAUGAGAGAACCUCUCAUGUGUCCCUGGAGUGCUGCCAGCUUCUGAGACUCCAGGUUCUGCAUCAAUGAAAUGCCACCAUGAACAACUUCUGCCCCAUGAAGACCCACAGCCUCUCCUCAUGCAGCCUUUCACUCCCCUCCCCAGGACCUGACAAGCCUCCCCGGAGACUUUGGACCCCUCAGCCUGUGCCUUGCACGGGGCACCUGUGGAGGCAGGGGAUGGAUCAGUGCAUAGUGGCAGUGAAAGGCUCAGACCUGUCAUCCGCUGUCCUGGAAGCCAAGGCUUUCAACCUGCUCUUAGGCCAAACUCCUCUUGAAAUGACAGCUGAGUGUGGCCCAAGAACAGACUGCACUGUUUAGCCCUUGAAGAAGUGUUAAAAACAGCAGUGCCUCAACUAAAUUAAGGGUAUAAAUUAAGCAGUGGCUGUACCAUCACAGGUGGAGGUGUGUUAAGUCCCUCUGCUCAUUGCCCACUGAUGACUUACAUUGGACCAGGUCCAAGAUCCAGAUUAGACAAAUAUAUUUUUACUCUCAAAUACUUAAAGCAAGGGAAAUUGGUUACAGGGGGGAAAAACAAGUAAAAGGAAAAGUAUUUAUUUUAAUAAGCAUAUGGCCAUGUAAACAGUGUCUGGUUCCUACAUGAUGCUUAUGUGCAAUUAAGUUAAAGCGCAUCAGUAGUCUUAAGUAGUCUUGUCACACCCGCUGAUGCAUCCAUCAACUUUUGGAGAACCAGGGCCCUGGCUUCUCUUACUGAAGCAAAAGGAAGAGGUUUUCCAGAGUGUUCUAUUGGACAUGUUUUCAGCUUAUCCUGUAGUAAAUCUCUGGGUUUGACUUCCAUUGUCAGCUGCUUGUACUCAAGACUCUGUGUCCAAGCUGCAGAACGUGUGGAAUCAUGUUACUUUGGCUUUAAAACUGGGACUGUGCAGUACUGUGUUUUCAAAAUUCAGAGCUUUAUUUCUCAAGUUUUGUAAUAACACUGUAUAAUAAUUUUGUACAUAGCUGUCCAUUUAAAAUGAUCUAUGUUUGUUGAAUCUAUGGUGUGAUAUGUGCUGAAACAUAAAUCCAGUGGAAGAGCUGGGUACAUUUCAGAACUUUGUUUAUAUGGUAACUCACUGUGGCUAAACUAAUGUGCAGGUUAAAGCUUCUUUUGCUCUGCUUAAUAGGACUUGUAACGUCCUUGUAAUACUGAAAACUUAGAAGUGAAACCAAGAAUUAAAUCACUGGUUUGCUUUAA